UCUGACGACAGCCGUGGGAGAAAAGAGAGAGGAGAGAUCCUCCAGUGAUCCUCUUUCAUUUCGGAGAGACCUCCUCUGACCCCCCCCCCCCCUCCAGAGAGGGAUCAGAGAGCUCGCCAUGGCUUCGUGCUCGGAGGAGGACUUGUGCUGUCCCGCCUGUCAGGACUUCUUCAGGGACCCGCUGCUGCUCUCCUGCUCCCACAGCUUCUGUCGGAGCUGCCUGCACAGCUGGUGGAGCAUGAAGCAGGUGCAGGAAUGCCCGCUGUGUCGCGUCGUGUGUGCGUGGAGCAACCCGCCCUCCAACCUGGCUCUGAGGAACCUGUGCGAGACCCUCCGAGGCCCCCGGUCCGCCUCCAGGUCGGCAUCGCUCUGCCGGCUGCACCACGAGAGGCUCAAGCUCUUCUGCCUGGACCACCAGCAGCCGGCCUGCGUGGUCUGCAGGGACGCCAAGGUCCAUGCAGACCACCGCUUCAGACCCAUCGAUGAGGAGGCUCAGGAGCGCAGGGAGGAGCUGCGGGCCGGCCUGAAGCCCCUCCAGGACCGGUUAAAGGCCUUCACCGAAGCCGAGAGGAACUUCCGGCUGGCGGCGGAACAUCUGAAGAAGCAGAGCCGGCGGGUGGAGCGACGGGUGAGGGAGCAGUUCCGGAAGCUUCGUGAGUUCCUGCAGGAGGAGGAGGAGGCGCGACUGCAGGCCCUGAGGGAGGAGGAGGAGCAGAAGACCGGGCUGCUGAGGGCCAUGACCGAGGAGCUGAGCAGGGACAUGGAGGCUCUGUCCCACGCCGUCACAGCCACAGAGGAGGAGCUGCGAGCUGACGAUGCCUCCUUCCUCACCGGGUACCAGGUCUCAGGGCGCCGAGUCCAGCAGUGCCUCCAACCGGACCCCCCGCAGCUGCCCGAGGGAACGCUCAUCGACGUGGCCAAACAUCUGGGCAACCUCACCUUCAACAUCUGGAACAAGAUGAAGGACAUGGUCACAUACACGCCGGUGGUCCUGGACCCCAACACGGCCAACGCGGAGCUGGUCCUCUCCGAGGACCUGAGCAGCGCGCGACACGGGAAGAGACAGCGGCUGCCCGACAACCCCGAGCGGUUCGGCUUCUGGGACUCGGUGCUGGGGUCCGAGGGCCUCUGCCGCGGGGCCCACAGCUGGGACGUGGAGGUGGGGGACAGCAGGGAGUGGGAGCUGGGCGUUCUGCCCGAGUCGGUGUGCAGGACGGACUUCUCGGGCUCCGCGGCGUGGAGUCUGGAGCUCAGCGCCAAGGGGUACCGAGCGUACUCCCCCAAGCACAAAUACACGGCGCUGCCCCUCACGCACAAGCUGAGGAGGGUCCGGGUCCACCUGGACUGGGAGCGAGGGGAGCUCACCUUCAGCGACCCUGACAGCAACACACACAUACACACCUUCACACACACCUUCACGGAGACGCUGAGCCCUCACCUGUGCACCAGGGGGGCUCUGCCUCUGAAGAUACUGCCUGUGAAGGUCUCAGUCCACACUGGGGGAGCCGGUCCCGGAAGUACCUCCUCUGGUACAGAUCCAGUCUCAGAUUUAUUGUGAACUGGUUGUCUCACUUCAGGGUUUAGGCAGACGUACGGUUAAACUCAUCAGUUUAGUCAGUUCAGUUUUGCCUGAUUAUUUUCAUCUAAGAACACACAAGAUCUGAGAAAAAAGCCCUGCUUGCAUGACAAAAUGAAAUGUAUUGUUUUGUGGUUUUGUUCCAGGGAGAAUUUUUAUUUUCAGGAGAACAUUUUGAAAAGCAUGCCUCGUUUCAUGAGAACAGCAGAAAUGCUGAAAGCGAUGUAGUUGGCACGUUGGGUGCUCUUGUUUGUUUUUGUCAUGAAGGGAGAUGCACAAGACAUUAAGGGCCUGAGACUGAGUCAAAACCAAAAGCCAGACUUGAAGGGGUAGAGAUCGAGUAAAAACCAAGACCUUGAAAAUGUGUUCUCGAGACAAGACUGCUCUUCAGUACUACUACACCACUAAUCUUUACUUAAUCAUGAAUAAAAUUACAUGCUUGGAGUAAUCUUACAAAACUAAUUAAAAAAAAAUCCCAAAAUAAAACCAAAUCAAAAUACCAUGAAUAAUCAUAAUCUCAGUGGAACUCCUCUGAAGUUCGCAGGAAAUUUAAAAUCCUCACAGCACACGAGUGGAGUUACUUAAUAAACCUCUUUCCUCCUCAUAUUUCAAGAACAGCUGAGGACACUGAAAUCUCUACACUUGUAAUUUAAAAUUACAGAUAAAACAGCCUUGUGGAACACUUUAGCAUCUUGAAAAAGGUAAAAAAAUAACAGUUUAAUUUGUAUUUAGUUGUUGGUAUGCUGUCUGGGGGAAGUCACUUCAUUGUGUUUCUGCUGUGUCCUGAAAAAAUCUGUCAUAAUCUCUUCCUGUUGUUCCAAACUUACAUGUGUGAAUAAAUGUUUGAAA